AGCUAUGGUCGUGUCAAACAGAUAAUCCCGACGAUGUUGUCGUUGUAGCCUUCGGACGGACUGUCACAUGGCUUGCGCUUGAAUUGUGGUUCCAACGGACAAGAAGGGUAGUGUUGAAAGUCUGACUUCAGUUCGACCUCCUGCUCGAUCCCUAGCCUUGCUGUUCCUUGCGCUUUACGCUGGUCACACUAACAAGGAUCAUGGCAGACUCUAAGUUGAAGCUGAAGAGCUCAGACAAUGAAAUCUUCGAAGUAGACCAAGAGGUAGCUCUCCAGAGCGACACCGUGAAAAACAUGAUCGAAGAUGUUGAUGUAUCUUCUGCCAGCGAGCCCAUCCCUUUGCCAAACGUCUCUGGGCGAAUCCUGGCAAAGGUGAUUGAGUACUGUAAGUAUCACGUGGAUGCGAAGAAGCCCGGCACCAUGGAGAAGCCUGCCGUUACGGACGACGAGGUGAAGGCGUGGGAUCAAGAGUUCGUGAAAGUCGAUCAAGCUACUUUGUUCGAUCUUAUAUUGGCUGCGAAUUAUUUGCACAUUAAAGAUCUGCUGGAGCUCACAUGCCAGACUGUUGCUGACAUGAUUCGCGGAAAGUCGCCAGAGGAAAUCCGCAGGACUUUCAACAUAAAGAACGACUUUACUCCAGAAGAAGAGGAAGAAGUUCGUCGCGAGAACCAGUGGGCAUUCGAGUGACCAAAUGGAUUUUGCCAGGGCGAGCAAGACAUUUGUACUUGGCUCCAUACUUUCUCUGCGGGAUGCUGCUGUUGAUGCUGAUAAAAGUCAUCAUCGUCAUCAGAAUGAAUAAGUAAACUAGAAUAGCCUGUGACAGAGUCGAGGGCUCACGCGGAGAUGGCGGCGGCGGAUGCUGGACGGAGACCCAUAGGCCGAGUAUCUGCAGUCCUGUUGGUGUGUGUCGAGGGGAAUUUUCAUUCCCGGAAUAGGCUGCUUCGUCACCGUCUUCUGGAUCAGGUGCGGUGAUGCGUUGUUGGGAAGCGAUGACGAGGACAACAGGUUGUGCAGGUGGACUGCAUGUGUCAUGGCGUCUGGCCACAGUGUGGUGGGUAGUCUCAUCCCCAGGAGCAGCUUCUGCAUCGUCGUCUGCAAGGUCCGGUUCAUGCGUUCUGCGACCCCUUGCUGCUGGUGAGCGUAGGGCAGAGACACCAGGCGUCUGAUUCCUCUUUCCGCCAGAUAGGUCCUGAAGCGUUGUGACUUGUAUUCCAGUGCACCGUCUGACUGGAAGCUCUUAAGCUUUGUUCCUGAUUCUCGUUCAGCGAUGGGUAGCCAUGUUGUGAAGGCGUCGAAGGCUUGAUCACGCGUCUUGAGGUUGUAGUGCCAGACGUAUCUUGUUGCUGCGUCGAUAAACGCGAUGACAUUGUUGAAGUCGGCUUCAGUGUCUUCUCGAGGCAUGUUUAAAAUGUCGCUGUAGACUUUUUCCAUCGGUGCGUAUGCAGGUGCGCUUGGGUUGUGAUGAGAUGGGAAAGACUGGUGGGGAAGAUCGGCUUCGGGGCACGUAAAGCACCGUGCGCAUGGUCGUCGAAGUUCUUGGCUGCUCGUUGUUAGGAGGGCGUUGCGUUCUAACACUUCUGCUUGGAUGGUUUGCAGUAUUGUACUGUUUGCAGGGUGCCCGAGUCGUUGGUGCCAGAUGUCAUCGGGAGCGCGAUGGCCGGGCGAGCGGUGGUAUAUGUCGGUGUUGGAGAAGAACGCGACGACCGUGGCGGGACUUCGACAGACUUUUCGUGUGAUGGGCAUAAGUUGAUCUGCUUCGGUUGGCGGUCCUCGGAUCGCUGGUGGUGGUACUCGGCUGAGUCCUGCUGCUGCUACUGCCGGUAUGGUGUUGGAGUGCCAGAACCCAUCAGGGUCGAAGUCGGGGUCAAGAUCCGGCGGGUGUGUCCAGGCGGCGAACGACACGAUUCCGUCGCUGUCGGCAGUACCGCGGUCGGGGACGAAGUCCAACACGAAGACGCCGGACUUCAGGAGAGCACGACCGAUGAAGAGACCGCCCUUCCCGUGGUAAAGGCGAAACUCGUUGGAGUAGGAGUCGCACUCCAGGUUUUCGUUGUUGGUGACGGUGAUGAUGACGUCGCGGGUGAGGCGUCGCUCUCGUUGCACGAAGCGUCCGGAAGAACACAUGUGUUGACCACAGCAGCUGUCCAAGAACCAGGUGUUUCGCCCGGUGGGUUCGGCGUUGGCGACCGCAGCGUAUGUCGGGUUGACCUCAAGUUCUUGUGAGCGCGGCGGCGGAAGUUCUUCUUCGUCUGAUGUGGAAGAGCGCCUUGGAGGGCUUUCUUGAGUGGAGGCGACGUGUGGGUCUACUGGACGAUAAACACGAGGAGGUGUGCAGUUGACUUCGGAAUGUCCGGAAGUCUGACAGUUGUGGCAGAACGGUGGCACAAAGGUCCAUCUCCUGUUGUUCAGCGUGAAGCUCGGCGCAGAGGUGCAUCUCCGAUAUCCUUCCGUGGGCGCGAAGAAGCGAGCGUGUGGUUCUCCAUUCUGGCCCGAGCCCGGCGAGGACAAGCGUCACGAAGCUUUCUUCAGUGAUUGUUCCUCCGCACCGAAGCAGGCGGUCGCGGAGGGUCUGGCAGCGACUCAUAUACUGCAUCGCCUUUUCCCCGGUCUUCAUCUGUAUUGUUGUCAGUUGUUGCAUGAGUCUGCUUUGUGUCACGCUGUCGUUUGCUUGAUAGAGACACUUGAGAUGAUGCCAUGCGAGUUCCGCGGAGUUUCCAUAGCUGCGAUAUGUUCUGAUGCUCUGCUGUUCUUGUGGUGACAGGUUCCGCAGGAGAAAUGUGUACGCCAGCAGCGACUGAUAAGUAAAUAUUUCUUGCUCCUUUGCAGUGCCGUUGCUUGGGAAUGGCAGGGACCCGUUGAAGUAUCCCAAGAGAUGCGCAGCCUCCAUCAGCAGCUCGAACUCAAAGCUCCAGUUGCUGUUGGUUGGGCACGGGGCGGCAUGAACUCGAAUGUCCCCGGUGAAGAGUGAUAAGGUGCAAAGGCGUCCUUGUCUGCUGCUACUGGUCGAAGUGCGACAUGAAGCUGAAGAACCUUUCCAUAAGGUUCGGAUCCACGCUUGAAGAGGGUGAUGGGGUCACCAUUUCCGGUGUUCUUCCUGUUGUUUCUUGAGCAGCGCCGGUCUCGGUUUGCAGUCCUGAAGUAUGCAAUCCAGAGUUGCCGGGUUGAAUGUCUUGGGCGCUGGGUGAGCCCGUAGAGAUUUUCUUGCCCUUGCUGUCCAUGACUUGUAAUCAAUGAAUUCGUUGAAUUGCAGAUUGUAGAUAGAGCAUAGUUGCUGGGAGUUUGGUCUCUGACCAGCUCUCAUACCAUGUUGGGCUGAGAAAAGCCCUUAGGAUCUUUCCAGAGACUAAGUCCCAGUUGAAGAAUGAGACUUGAGUAGUGCAGCGGAAGUUGAGUAGUUGAAUUCUUGUACUAGUAUAUGAGAACAAGUGAUUGAUUAAAGAAACAAGCAUACA